UGUUAAAUUUGAACGUCAGGAAAUAGCUUGUAUGAUACAGUAUGUAUGAAACAUACUAUAAACUAUAUGCCUAGAAAAAAGACUGGACACAAUCAAGGGUGAUUAUUUUCUAUAUGUCUCCCCUCUCCUUUGCCCCCAGUAUUCUACAAUGAACGUGUAUAAUCACUGCUAAGUAUUUUAUAAAAAGUAUGUUCCUAAUAGUGAUUCUCCAGCAGAACUGAGUUCACGAAGAUAUCAUCACCCUCUGCCACUUUACCUCAAUGUUUCUUGACAUUUACAAAUCAUUCUGAGAAUGUCACAGUCACAUCUAAAGCAGUGCUUAGGAUUAAGUGUAUUAUUUGGGCAUUGAGGGUGGGGAAAGGAAGAGAGAAUAGUAAGUAUUCAUCUACAAAUAGCUGUGUUUCUUGUAGCUAGAAAAAUAUCAUAUAGUGAGACACACAGGCCAAAAUAAAAGCCCUGCAGACGUUACUGACUCUUGUGUAUGAAGAAGCUGAUAUAUGUGAUGUAUAUGAUGUAGCUGCAGACAUUACUGACAUGUAUAUGAAGAAGCUGAUUCUGCAGCAGGUCUGCUUUUUGAUCAGGAUUCUAGACUGUAAAUGCUUACGAAAAUGUACAGGGACCAUCAUGUUAAUUCAUAGCAUUAAACAAUUUAUGGAAUACCUACUACGUUCCAAGUAUUAUGCUGAGAUAUUGUGUAGAAAAAUGAAUAUGCCCCCCACCCUCAUGCAGCAUAUUGACUAGAAGGGAAGAUAGAUGAUUAAAUAAAUAAUAACAAAAAACUAGUAAAAUAAUUGGGAAAGUACAAAGGAGACAGCUCUGGACUGGUGAACCUCUCAGGACAAAAUGAUUAAGGUUAAGAAACUUACCUUAUCAUGGUACCUUGAUACGGAGGAUGCUUGAUAUGCCCUUUCUUAAUUGAUAAAUAGUAAAGACCCUAUAGGUCAGCUAUUAGGCUGACUUAGGGGUUCGUAUCUGAUCUUCAGUAAGAGUGCAGCACACUAAGAGGUUCCAACUGGAUUGCAUCCCCAGAUUCACAUAUGAACAAGUCUACAUCCUUGAGAAAACCAGAGAGUUGCAGGGGUCCAACAGAUUGAAACUAACCCAGGGCCAAACUGAACUUUGAGGGCAGCUCUCAAAAUAACUGAGCUUUGUGGUCGCUUCAGCGCACAUACGCCAAAAUUGGAAUGAUACAGAGAGGAUUAGCGUGGCCCCUGCGCAAGGAUGACACACAAAUUCAUGAAGCAUUCCAUAUUUUAAUUUAAAAAAAAAAUAACGAGCUUCACAGGCUGAGGAUGUGUGGCCAGAGCGGGACUAGAACCAGAUCUUCCGGGGCAAAGGGGCGAGGGGAAUGAAUGACAUUUAUCCAACACCUAGUUGUUUUUUCCCUUUAGCAGGAAGUCAUUAUGCAACUUGCACAUAUUCAUCAGAUUUCCUCUGACUUACCCGGACAUGUACGUGGGAAUGAUGUGCACUGCCAAGAAAUGUGGGAUUAGGUUUCAGCCUCCAGCUAUUAUCUUAAUCUAUGAGAGUGAAAUCAAAGGGAAAAUUCGCCAGCGCAUUAUGCCAGUUCGAAACUUUUCAAAGUUUUCAGAUUGCACCAGAGCUGCUGAACAAUUAAAGAAUAAUCCACGACACAAGAGUUACCUGGAACAAGUAUCCCUGAGGCAGCUAGAGAAGCUAUUCAGUUUUUUACGAGGUUACUUGUCGGGGCAGAGUUUGGCAGAAACAAUGGAACAAAUUAGAAGGGAAACAACCAUUGAUCCUGAGGAAGACCUGAACAAACUAGAUGACAAGGAGCUUGCCAAAAGGAAGAGCAUCAUGGAUGAACUUUUUGAGAAAAAUCAGAAGAAGAAGGAUGAUCCAAAUUUUGUUUAUGACAUUGAGGUUGAAUUCCCACAGGACGAUCAACUGCAGUCCUGUGGCUGGGACACAGAGUCAGCUGAUGAGUUCUGAUACCAAACAUGCAAAACAUGCAUUGGGCUAGCAGAAUAUCCAUGUUUAUUACCAGACUGGUUCUGGAAAAAGCCGUAAAGAAUACUAAAUAUGUUGGGUUGUAGGGGAUUGACCAUGUUACUUUUCAAAACCAGGACAUUUAAAGUAUCUACUAUGUAGGUGCAUGAGGAAUAUGGGAAAAACAGAAUAAAGGAAUCUGCCUUUAAGGAGCUUACAAUCACGCCGGGCGCGGUGGCUUGAGCCUGUAAUCCCAGCACUUUGGGAGGCUGAGGCGGGCGGAUCACCUGAGUCAGGAGUUCGAGACCAGCCUGGCCAACAUGGUGAAACCUCGCCUCUACUAAAAAUACAAAAAUUAGCCAGGCGUGGUGGUGGGUGCCUGUAAUCCCGGAUACUCAGGAGGCUGAGGCAGGAGAUUCGCUUGAACCCGGGAGGCGGAGUUUGCAGUGAGCGAAGAUCGCGCCAUUGUACUCCAGCCUGGGCGAUGAGCAAAACUCCAUCUCAAAAAAAAAAAAAGCUUACAAUCUAACUGGAAGAUGUCAAAACCUGUGAAAAGCUAAUUAGCAGUAUUAAGCAACACAAACAUUAGAGCCAAAUGCAUGACAAAGGCUACAGAAGGCCAGAGCAUAUAUUACUGUAGAGUAGAAUAGUAAGGGAAGACUUUGUCCUUUAAUAAAGAGAUAGGAGUUGGCCUGGCCCUUGAAGUAGUUUAGGUAGAUGCUUGUGUAGGAUUCCUGAUAAGAGCAACUGAAAAGAAGGAGAGGGGAAGUAGUAAAGGGACAAGAAACAGAAUUUUUUUUUUUUGAGGAACCAUAAGCAAAUUAUAGUUUGACAAGAAUGGGGGACAUAUAUUGUUACCAGGGAAUUACCUCAUGUGUUAUAUCUUUAUAUGUAUUUAUCUCUGGAAAAGAGUGCCCUGCAAAAUUCCCUACAGCUGCAAGCAGAUGUCACUUGAUGGACAGAGGGGAAUUCUGCCCCUCCGGUAUCAGGAAAUAUAUACUAAAGACAUUGUGAAACGCUGAACCUCUUCCCAUAAAUAAAAGGUUUGUUUGUAAAAUGGGAAAUCCACCCAUAAUAAAUGAACAAUAGGCACUGCCAGUUUAGGCCUGUUCAUGAAUGGAUCUGCAAGAGAGCAUCUUCGUUUAACAACAUUAUCUGUGAUUUGAUACAUUUAUCCUUAUUACAAUAUUGUUUAAUUGGUAGAAAUUCUGUUUUCUACAGGGAAAUUGAUGUUUAUUAAAUAAAACAAAAUAAUUACUCA